UAUGAAUAGAAAAUCCAGAUUUCAUUUUACCUUGCUUAUAAAGCAAAAGAAUCUUAAAGCUCAAGUUGUAAAAAAACCUGAGAUUGUAAUUGUGAUGAUUUAAUGUUGAAAUACACAAAACAGCAUGAUGCUGAAUUAUUGACAUGCAUUCGACCCUACAGGACUAGACUAGACUCGCCGAGGCUCAUAUAACCAAUAACAGCUAAUGAGUCAUUCUUGUAAUGCACAUCAAUUUCUAACAAAUUUAUUUACAUUAAAUAAAUAAUCCCAAAUAUAGUAUGUUGCACCCUGAGCCAAACAUGCAUCAGCAGAUUAAAAAUCCCUUUGUUAAGAAAGUUUUUUUUUAGUGUCUCAUACUUCAUUAUCUGCUGCAGGUGAAAGAUCUGUGCAUCUGAUUCUUCUGGAGUGCCUGGAUGAUCUGAAGUCAGAGGAUCUCAUAAUAUUCACAUGGCAUUUGACUUCAGAAAGUAAUUAUGGCAAAAUCUCCAAAAGCAAGCUAGAGAAUAAAGCGAGGUGUGAUAUUGUGAGUUGUAUGAUUGAACAAUAUAAAGAGGACGGUGCUGCAGAAGUCACUCAGUUGAUUUUGAAGACAAUGAAACAAAACAAUCUUGCAAAAAAACUGCAGGAAGAGCUCAACGUGAGAGAUUAAUAAACCAUGAUGAGUCACAAAAAGCUGAUUUGCCCUAUAAAAAUGUAUUUGAAUUGAAGAGUUGUGCAAGGACAACCUCUCCUAUGUAACCACAUAAAUAAAUAAACAGAGUUGCUCUAAAAUGACCAAAUUUGUCUGCAUCACCUAAAAGUACAAAGAGAAAAGCAGAUUUUCAAAGCAUUUAUCUUAGUGAUAGUUCACCCAAAAAUGAAAAUUCUGUCAUCAUGUACUUAAUCUUUUGUCAUUUCCAAACUGUAUGACUUUCUUUCUUCUGCAGAACACAAAGAAAUUUGUUUAUAUGUUUAUUGUGAAAAUGGUCUCAUUUUACCCUUCUUUAAAUCCCUGUAUAUUAAUGAGCCAGGAAGGGUCGUAACAGUGAACAUACAAUCAAAGUCAAUGGGUACCAUCGGUUUUUGGUAACCAGCAUUCUUCAAAAUAUCUUCUUUUGUGUUCUGCAGAAGUCAGCAGGUUUGACGUGGCAAGAGGGUGAAUAAAUGAUGACAAAAUUGUCAUUUUUGGGUGAACUAUCACUUUAAAGCGAUAGUUCAGCCCGGAAUUAAAAUUGUUGUUUAUUUGUGCCUCAUAUAUGGACGUAAGUGGGAGCACAUAAUAUAUCCAACACAAGCAUGAUCCCGCGGCUCCUGGUGACAUGUUGACAUCUUGUGAAGCAAAUUGAUAAUUUUUUGCACUAAAAUUAACGUCAUUUCUAAAAUUAUGAGCAAUAUUUUACAGUUUCCGCCAAACGUCCUUUCCUGAUCGCACUUCCUCUGUUGCAUUCAAAGAUGAACGGACACUGGUGUGUUUACAGGGUAGAAAGAGGAUGUGUGUGCAGAUCUCAAGAUACGUCAUUUAUGCGUCAGGACGUUUGGCGGAAGCUGUAGAAUACCACUCAUAAUUUUAUAUAAAUUUAUUGUAAAUAAUGAUCGUUUCGCUUCACAAGACAACAAUAUGUCACCAGGAGUCGUGGGAUCACGCUUGUGUUGGAUAUAUGUGCUUUUAGAACUCUUAAAGAUCUGGCACCCGUUUACACCCAUUGUGUGAAGCACAGAGGGCUGCGGAUUUACCUAAAAAUUGUCUUUAUGGUUUACUCAAAAAAAUGUCACCUACAUCUCAGCUGGCCUAAUGGAUCCUCCUCAAAAGCCUCUUCUGUAGUACUGCAAUCUCAAGGAGAAACACAAGAUAACACAGGCACACCUGAAGAUGUUCUCAUCAAGUGGAACCAAUCCUCUAAAAAGCACAGCGAUACAAUCAGAGAAUUCAGAAAUGACCGCUCAAAAAAGUUAGUUGGCAGCAUCUACUUUUCUAGAAAUGAGAAAUACUUCAUUGGCUCAAGCAGUGGAACACAGGUCUAUCUUGGCCUGAAAGGAGAUGGUACUGAGGUUGCCAUCAAACGAAUAACGAAGAAUCCACUGAACAACAAAACCUUUGAAAACGAACUGAAGCAUUUACAAGAUUCAAAUCUCGAGAGCAAGAACAUAGUCAGAUAUGUGGACUUUGCAGAAGAUGAUGAUUUUUAUUACCUUGCACUACAACUUUGUGAAUGUGAUUUGGAGAGCUACAUGGAAGACCUCCGUAAGCCAGAACAUAAAGACAAAAAAGACGCUGCUUUGAAGAAAAUAGUAAAGGACGUGCUUAUUGGCCUUCGAGAUCUUCAUCAUGGUGAAGUGAUACAUCGGGAUAUAAAACCUAAAAAUGUUUUGAUAGAUUCAGGAAAGAAUGCAAGGCUUGCUGACUUUGGCUUAAGUCGCAAACUGGGGGAGGGCAGUGCUGUGUAUACCGCGAGAGCUGGUACCAGAGGCUGGGAGGCCGUGGAGACCCUUGGUCCUUCUGGAGACAGUAGAUACAGAAUGAGCUCAGAUGUCCAGGUUGCUGGGAUGUUAGUGUACUAUAUCCUCACUGAUGGGAAACAUCCUUUUGAUGUAAAUAACUCGGAUCGAGAGACUAACAUUAGAGAAGGGAAUUACUCUCUUGAUGAUGCCCUUGAUAUAGUAGCACAAGAUCUCAUAGAGAGAAUGAUCAACAUAGACCCGGCACAGAGACCCACCAUGGAUGAGGCCCUACAGCAUCCUUACUUCUGGGAUGACGUCAGGAAGAAAAGAGUCCUUAAGGACCUGGGUGAUAGAGAUGAAGUACAAAAAUAUGAGCUGUUAGAAAAACUUUACAACCUCUUCGACAACAGCAAGAACAGUAGUCGGGGAGAAGACCCAACAGCCAAACUGACCAUUGAUGAGGCUUUUGCUCAGCUUAAAAUCCAAGCUGAAAAGAGGAACGAUAUCCUCAGUUUAGUGGGUGAGGAUUUAGCAAAGCUUUAUAAGCUAUGCGACAAUGCAAAGAAGUACUGUGUGAAGAAAACCUUUUCUAAUUGGAAAACAGAUCUUUCACAGAUAUGGCCGGACAUUAACCAAAAGCUCCCAGAGGACUUGCUUGGCCUGCUGCGUGUUUUGCGCAACAAAAUGGUGCAUGUAAAUCAAGUAUUUUAUGAGAAGAACAUGCUCAACCAUUUCCCAGAUUUCUUCAUAAGUUUAUAUGGGCUGGCCAAAGACCUGAGCUGGGAUAUUGAUGAUGCAGAGGAGACACCAUGAACAUGACCCUUGAAAUGUCUUCAUUUAAAAUUAAGCAAUUUAGUAAAUUUAGGUUUUUUUCUUUCUGUAAACACAGACGCUUUCCAAAGAUAAACCACAAAUGAAUUCCUAUCACAUCUGUGUCAACUCAGAUAUCUUAGUAAAGUUGGAUUUCAGACAUUCAGAUUUAUGCAGUUGGCAGGUGCUGUUAUCCAAGCGACAAUGUUGGAUUCACUCUCUACUUUUUUCUUAGUAUGUGUUCCCUUCCCAGCGAAUCAAGCUGCUAAUGUUUAUAUUUAAUGUUUAUUAUUCAUUUUUAUUGUUUUUUUAUCUAAUAGGUUUUUACCCAUUAGUGCUGUACUUUUAAUAUUAUAUAUUGUUUUAUUUAGACAAUAUGUAGAAAAUGGUUUUGUUAAGCUUUCAUUGCGUGAGUAUGUUACAGCCUUAACUCAUAUUCUGUUCUUUUAUGCUCCAUUCACUUUUACUGUUGUAAAAUGGUGUAGCCUGCUAUUGAUGUAUAAUUCACAGCAGCAUGUUUUUAAAUAUAGCACGAAAUAAAUUUGCACUAAAACGCAUUGUUUUUUCAAUUAAGAG